AUGGUCCGCGUCGUCCAGCACCUGCUUCGCAACCUUCGUCGUGAGCUCUCGCAGCGGCUGAUACGGGAGCACCGCGGCGACAACUUCCUGGUCGACCUCGCCAUCCGCAACCUGGAGCGCGACACGCCAGGAGAGCGGCUCUGCCGUCAGAAGCUGGGCACGAGCGGCGCCCCAAGCUUCGUCGAGAUCGACCAGAGCGCCCUGAUGCAGGAGACGCUGUGGGCGGAGCCCGACUUCCAGCCCUUCCACGAGUCGUUGGUCAAGCCCCGCGGCGCAGAGGGUUUCCAGCCCCCUGGGACGCUCGACAUAUACCCCAGCGACCUCGACGCGCUCCGCACCUCGCGCAGCCUCUUCGCCUGUGACACGAGCGUCCACGGGAGCUUUGAGCAGAUGUUCAAGGGGCACUUCAAAAGGGCCCACUUCGACGGGGCACAUGGCACGUACUCUUUCUUCUCCAAGGCGCCCAUAGUCGCUCGCAUCCUGUUUGACCCGACCAAGGCAAGGCUCAAGGGCCUGGGCAUAUCCGCCCUGGACCCCACGGCCAUGACCACCCGGCGGGAGACCCGUCGGCGCCGCGAGGGCGGGGAAGGCGGGUCGACUGUGUCGUACUCGGCCGAAGAUAUGGUUAUCACGUACUGCCUGGUCGCCGCUGUCCGCCUGCGCAAUUCAUCGCACGAGCAUGACUACGUGUGCCUGUACGACCGGCGCAGGAACCCCGUCGUGCCCACAGGGCCGGCCGAAAACUGCACGUCGUACCACAGCGAUGACUGGUGCGUCAGCGACCAGGACCACCAGUACAUGCUGUACUAUGUGUCAGUGGGCAUCAAUGACUGGCCGGGCCUGGAUCACCAGGUCGCAGAGCAUGAGCAGGCCGAGCCGCAGCCUCCGAGCACUGGGGCAGAUGAGCAGCCUGCCAGCUCAGGCACACAGCCUAGCUCGUCACACCGUCCUGUCUCGUUCACGAUCAUCCUGCCGAGUCGCGCGGUGCCACCUAGCUCGGCCACGAUGCCGUCGUCUUCCGUGAACCACCCCGCGUCGGCAGCUGGCCCGGCGGGACAGGCCAGCCCGGUGGUGCAGGAAAAAUCGUCAGCGCCACCCGGCGAUCCAGCCUCGCCCAGCCUGGCCCCUGCUGCCGAGGAGCAUGCCAAAGGCGAUACUACUGGCGAGAGGGCUGCUGAUGCUGGUGCUGGUGCUGAUGAUGACGCUCCGGGCCACGGACGAAAAUCGCAUGCUCAAGGCAGAGAGUCCAAGAAGACCCCAAGCUCCUCGACGCGCAAGAAGAAACGGAAGAAGGAGCCACUGCCGACUUACAGCUCCAGCUUCGAGGAACAGGAGCGUGAAAAGGCGAGGCAGGGUGAUUAG